AGGGGGCGGAGUCAGCGAGCUGCUGCAGCCGUCCAUGGUCACAUAGUGAGAGACAGAGAGGGUUAUGGUACGUGCGAGAUGCGGCCAUAGUCACGCUGCACCGUCUUACAUCAGAAUCCGGAUCGGUAUUCUUACAGAUCAACAGAGACGACUAAAAGCCUGUGAGGCAUCAUGGCUGAGCAGCAGAGGCAGCGCUCUCUGUCCACCGCUGGGGAGUCUCUCUACCACGUGCUGGGAGUCGACAAGGUGGCCACAUCGGAUGACAUCAAGAGGUCCUACAGGAAACUGGCACUAAAGUUCCACCCUGACAAGAACCCAGACAAUCCGGAGGCAGCGGACAAGUUCAAAGAGAUAAACAAUGCCCAUGCCAUCCUGAAUGACCCCACAAAGCGUAAUAUUUAUGAUAAAUACGGCUCUCUGGGACUUUAUGUGGCUGAGCAGUUUGGGGAGGAGAAUGUUAACACUUACUUUGUCCUUUCAAGCUGGUGGGCAAAGGCUCUGUUUGUAUUCUGCGGCCUGGCGACGGGAUGCUACUUCUGCUGCUGCCUGUGCUGCUGCUGUAACUGCUGCUGUGGACGAUGUAAACCUCGGCCUCGGGAGGGCCAGGAGCAGGACUUCUACGUAUCCCCUGAGGACCUGGAGGCUCAGCUGCAGUCUGAUGAGAGAGAGGCUGCUGGUGAGCCCAUAGUGCUGCAGCCAUCGGCAACAGAGACGACCCAGCUAACAUCAGAUGGGCACUACUCUUACCACACCGACACUGGCUUCAACUAACCUCUCCACUCCCGUUAGUCCCAGUUUGGGGUCCUGCCUGCUUCCCUGCUCCACCUCAGUGAGAUGAAAGAAAAGGCAAAUCCAUCCUUCUACGUCAGAAGAACAGCCAUGCAGAGGAGAGUGGAUUUGUCAACAUGGCCUUUCAAAGGAACUAAUGAAGUCACAUCCCCUCCCAAUCCUUCCCUGAUCGUAUGUUUCCCAAGUGCAAGAAGGCAAGAGAAACAACUGUUUCCCUUUGGUUUCUUCAUUUGCUCUUUAACCAUGCAGGUUGCCCACCCCACUUUCCCUUUUCCCAUCGUUUGCAUCAUAGUGUAGCAUGCACUGUGUAGAAAACAUUGUCCCUAUAAUUUCUUUACUCCCAGGCAAAAGUUUUACUUAUUAACAAGACUCAUAACAUAUGUGCAGUGAUGUUAAAAUGAGCACAGCUCACCAGGAGGAGGAGAAGGAGGUAAAGUUUACGAGAUAUUUUAUGCUGAAGGAACAGAGAGCCACAGCUCAUAAGCGAUGUGCUGGUUGGAAACAUGCAUAAAGAUUCAGGCAGCCAGUGCCAUCAUUAAACUUUAGAGGACUGAUUUGUCCCCACAUAAGCACUUUUCAAUUCUAAUUUGAGAUCGAUAUUGUUUUCAGCACAAAAAGAGCUUUGACACUGUUGUUUGUUCGUCUCUUCUGUGUUCCCCCUGAGUGGUUUAGAUCCAAGUCAUGAGCUUGUUAAGGCACACCUCUUUAUUUGUGGAUAGGUGUUCAUAAAUACCUGCUGGGGAACAAUUUAGGCUUUAAUUAUUAUUUAGCAUCAGCCUCACAUUCCUUCACAGGCCAAAGGCAUGGACUGCUUUCUGCACCUCACUGCAGCAGGUUGUUGUGAUUAUUUUAAAGCUAAUUCCUAUAAUGGAUUUGGUCCAUCUUCUAUUACAAAUCUUAUUUUUUGUGUUUUAUUAUUUAUUUGUCAUAUCAGCAGCUUAUCAUUGACAUUAAUUCUGGAUGCAAAAAUUAGAAGAUAUCGCACAAAAAACAGAACUUUUCUUUCAAGGAACUCAAAUUUAUUAAGCUGCACCCCAUCCAGGCGGGUUUUAUGUUAGUUUAUUUUGCUAAAUUGAGCACAGUACAUUUGUUAAGCUUCAUCUCAUUGACUUUUUUUAAUUUCAUUGCAUUAAGCCAAGGAGCUCACCUUUGUGAAACUGCAACUCAUCCAUGCUGAUUUGAUUUUAUUGUGCUGUGCUGCAUUAAGCCAAGGAGCUCCAGUUUAUCCAGCUGCACCUCAUCCAUGCUGGUUGGUAGUGUCACAUGUUUAUUCCUUUUUCUGUUUGAAGUUCAGUUGAACACCAAACACUAAAUGUCCCACUCUUCCUGGGGGAUUUUCAAUUUAAAUCUGAUAAGCCUGAUAUUUUGUGAUCGUUCAUCAUUGUUGACGUUUGAAGCCGCGAUAUGCAUCUCUGAGGAAAACAAGAAUUUUCUAUAUUUUUCUUUAAUUUGCCACAUGUACAUCUUUGCUACUUUUGCUGCUUCAUGACGACAACUGACGUGUUUAAAUGGUUUACAAUUGGUGAGCCCCCGUAGCCCACCCCUCUGCUAUUAAUAGUAUUGAUGUUGACCUCUGUGGCCCUCGUAUGAUGUUUCCUGUAACCCCUCGAUGCAACAUAGAUGUUUCUGUCAUGGCUUUUUCAUUGAGAUACUGAAAAAUGCUAAUAUAAUUGUUCUCAGCUGAAUGCACCGUGUUGAAAAAAAUUAUAAUGGAUCAGGAAAUGACUCCAAAAAAUAGUAUAUAGUGUAACUAAAUGGUUAUAUGAUGCAUUUUUGAAAAUUGUAUUUAUUUCAUAUUCUGUCAUGUUUUAAAGGAGGAUUUCCGAUCAUUUUAAAUGGUAUGGUAUGGUGUUGUAAUGUAGCCAUUAAAUCCAGCCAGGGAUGGUUUAAUGGUUGAAGCUGCCUGUACAUACACUUGGCUCAUAUAAAGUAUAAACCUUGACGUUUAUGUUGUAGCAUGGUAACUGUGUGUCUGGAAGAAAACAAGUGGAUCAUUUAUCUGAUUUGCUGUUGUUGAAUAAAUGUUCCUCAACAUUUUGA